UACAACUUUAGUCUGCUUUGUUUUGACCAUACGUGGAAAUUGGUGGAUGCGUUUGUCCCUCUGACCUGGUUCAACUUCUUUAUUAACACCACCAGCCAGGCUUUUAUGUACGCCUGCUACGCAUACGAGUACUAUGCCCGACAGACAUCCGAUGCGACUAUCGACUACCUGCUGCCCCAGAUAGUUAAUCACUGGCCGUUCUUCCUUGGUUAUGGACUACCAUUGGGCACUCUGGUCUCCCUUUUUCCCGGGCUCUUCGGCUGGGGCGAUCUCAUCAUAGCCUUCACCUACCCCCUCCUGGUAAUUGGCGCCUUCCAGGUCUCCUGGUCGCGAGCUCUGGACGUGCACUCCUGUGUGCCCGCCUUCACCAAGUCCCUCCUCAUCACCUCGAUGCGGCCGAGUCUUUGGAUCACCAACUGUCUCCUCUCCCUGUUUGGCCGUCUCGGACUGCGCUUGUGUAUGGCGAGACCAUCAAAGCCGGCUUCUCGACUGCUGCCUCCUCCCCGAACUGUGAAACCCGUGGCACAGCGAACCCAUCGUCGAUCAGAGACAUCAUCGUCGACUGACUCCAAACCGCCAAAACACACUUGA